GGCGGACCGAGGUGGGAACCGGCAGAGGGCGGGGCAGGUCUGGGAUGAGGCGUGUGUGGGGGAAGGCUCGGAGUCAUGAAGCUGAACAUCGAUGGGCUGCUGGUGUAUUUCCCCUAUGACUACAUUUACCCGGAGCAGUACUCGUAUAUGCUGGAGCUCAAGAGGACGUUGGAUGCCAAGGGCCAUGGCGUGCUGGAAAUGCCCUCGGGGACUGGGAAGACCAUUUCCCUCCUGUCGCUCAUUGUGGCCUACCAGCGGGCCCAUCCACUGGAGGUGACCAAGCUGAUCUACUGCUCCAGAACCGUGCCUGAGAUCGAGAAGGUCAUUGAGGAACUACGGAAGCUCCUGGAUUUCUAUGAGAAGCGGACGGGGGAGAAGCUCCCCUUCCUCGGCCUGGCUCUGAGCUCCAGGAAGAACCUCUGCAUCCACCCUGAGGUGAGCUCGCUGCGGUUCGGGAAGGAGGUGGACAGCAAGUGUCUGAGCCUGACGGCGUCGUACGUGCGGGCGCAGCAGCAGUGGGACAGCGCCAUCCCCUCGUGCCGCUUCUUUGAGGAGUUCGAUGCCCAUGGGCGGCAGGUGCCCAUCCCCUUUGGCGUCUACAACCUGGAUGACCUCAAAGGGUACUGCCGGCAGAAGGGCUGGUGCCCCUACUUCCUCGCCCGCUACUCGAUCCUCCACGCCAACAUUGUCGUGUACAGUUACCACUACCUGCUGGACCCCAAGAUCGCAGACCUGGUGUCCAAGGAGCUGGCCAAGAAAUCCGUCGUCGUCUUUGACGAAGCUCAUAACAUUGACAACGUGUGCAUCGACUCCAUGGGGGUGAACAUCACGCGCCGGACGCUGGAUCGCUGCCAGGCCAACGUGACCACGCUGCAGGCCACCAUCCAGAAGAUUAAGGAGACGGAUGCCCAGAAGCUGAAGGAGGAAUACAGGCGGCUGGUAGAGGGGCUGAGAGAGGCCAACGUUGCCCGGGAAACGGACAUCUACCUGGCCAAUCCGGUGUUGCCCGACGAGAUUCUCCAAGAGGCCGUGCCUGGGAACAUCCGGACAGCCGAGCACUUCGUGGGCUUCAUGAAGCGCUUCCUGGAGUACCUGAAGUCGCGGCUGCGGGUCCAUCACAUGGUGCAGGAAAGCCCCCCCUCCUUCCUCAAGGACGUCUUUGAGAAGGUGUGCAUCGAGCGCAAGCCACUGCGGUUCUGUGCCGAGCGGCUGCGCUCCCUGCUCCGCACGCUGGAGAUCGUGGACAUCGCUGACUUCUCUCCCAUCACCCUCAUCGCCAACUUCGCCACGCUCGUCAGCACCUACGCCAAGGGCUUCACCAUCAUCAUAGAGCCCUUCGACGACAGGACCCCCACCAUCGCCAACCCCAUCCUGCAUUUCAGCUGCAUGGACGCCUCCAUCGCCAUCAAGCCAGUCUUUGAGAGGUUCCAGUCGGUCAUCAUCACCUCGGGGACGCUGUCCCCGCUGGAUAUAUACCCCAAGAUCCUGGAUUUCCAUCCUGUUACCAUGGCCACUUUCACCAUGACUCUGGCCAGGACCUGUCUCUGCCCCAUGAUUGUGGGGCGAGGAAACGACCAGGUGGCCAUUAGCUCCAAGUUCGAGACCCGUGAGGACAUUGCUGUAAUCCGGAACUACGGCAACCUGCUGCUGGAGAUGUCUGCGAUCGUGCCUGAUGGCAUUGUGGCCUUCUUCACCAGCUACCAGUACAUGGAAAACAUCGUGGCCUCGUGGUACGAGCAGGGCAUCCUGGAAAACAUCCAGCGCAACAAGCUCAUCUUCAUCGAGACGCAGGACGGAGCCGAGACCAGCAUGGCGCUGGAGAAGUACCAGGAGGCCUGCGAGAACGGGCGGGGAGCCAUCCUGCUGUCCGUGGCCAGGGGAAAGGUGUCCGAAGGCAUCGACUUCGGCACGGCUGGAGUACCUGCGGGAUCAGUUUCAGAUUCGGGAGAACGACUUCCUGACGUUCGACGCCAUGCGGCACGCGGCGCAGUGCGUGGGCCGGGCCAUCCGGGGCAAGACAGACUACGGGCUCAUGAUCUUUGCAGACAAGCGUUUUGCCCGGGCAGACAAGCGGGGGAAGCUGCCACGCUGGAUCCAGGAGCACAUCACGGACGCCAACCUCAACCUCACGGUGGACGAGGCCGUGCAGGUGGCCAAGUACUUCCUGCGCCAGAUGGCCCAGCCCUUCCACAAGGAGGACCAGCUGGGCCUGUCCCUGCUCACGCUGGAGCAGCUGCAGUCGGAGGAGAUGCUGCGCAAGGUCGAGCAGAUCGCGCACCAGGUGUGAGCCGGAGCAGCAGCAGCCACACGGGCGAAGGGCUGGCGGCCGGCUCCAGCGGCAGAGGGGUUGGUCCUGCCGCCAGGGCCUUGCUUGGGUACUGGCUUUUAUACUCAAAGUGACUGUCUGGGACUCAGCAAUA